AUGGACGGCAAAAAGUUAAUCUGGCCGAUACUGCUCAUAGUGAGCAGCAUCGCCAUGUGCGGUAGCCAGUCUCAACGAUGCUCUUGCGUUACUGGACCACCGGACUAUCUGUGCCCAACGGCUCCAUUGCUGCAGGUGUACUUGAAUCAUGAUUGUUUCUGUACGCGCUACUACAAGUGCACCGACGGUCGCGCGAUCGAGUUCCAGUGUCCGUACGGAACCUACUUCAAUGUGACGUCCCAAACGUGUACGAGUGACUUCACAUUAUGCUACCGUCCGGAUCCUUGCAUACAAUUUGUCGAUAGGUGUAGAUGCUGUGCGACACUGCUCGAUAAUACAGGUCUAUCGCCGGAAAACUUCUAUGUCUGUUACAACGAUGGGUAUGCAGUGGCGCAGACUUGCCCGUUGGCUUUGGAUCCAUGCACAAAUACCACGACGCAGCUAGUGCUUGUGAACAACAAGUGCGAAGUCCCUCCACCGGAAGGAUCAACUACUGAAGAUACGACAGUAACCCUGUAA